GGCGGGACGACAUGAUGCACCAAAGCAGUCGACACGAGGGGAUUUUACUGCCCAUUGGCACUGUCCAGGACCUCGCGUUGUUCUACGUUAUCCUGUGCUUUCAUGCAUUUGCUGACGUGCAAACGCCAUUCCCUGCAGCCUACGAUCGGAAUACGGCGGAAACGGACCCACACGCAGGUUGCUCAGAGAUCCAGUGUACUCUGUUUGCGCUUACUACAGCGUCGUUGGCACUGAAACCUAUGCUCGAGGCCCAGUGUCGCACCUUCGGCCAUCUUUGGACUGUCUGCGAAACGGGGACAAGGCGUAGACGGAUUCAUCGCAUAGACUGAUUCUGUGGCAUCAGACCGGCCUCUACCGUGGCUGCGCUCAUCGGAUUUGAGAGCACCCGAGUGUGUACACGGUGCGCUGUUGUCUGGGAGCUGCGCAUCACCGGUCGUUGACAGGCUCUGGUAACGCGUCUGUUAGCGACCUGAUCACUGUCCUUCGUGGAUGGUGGACUGCUGCAAGACGUCGAGCAGUCCUUGGUGUAGGACGAUGAGUCUCUAGAUCUGUAUCGGUGAGUUGUUUUGUGCAUCUGGUGGUCUGUCUCCUCAGCUCCAACGCCCCGCAGAUCAUGCCUUCUCCCAUCGAUGUGUCAUAGAUCCAGAGCAGACACGUUCAUCAUGAUGCCGAUCGGCGAGCGGCCGACCAAAC